AUGAUCGAAAUAAAUAAUCUGUUCAUAUUCUUUAAGUUUUCUUAGGAGAGAUUAACUAAAAGGACCGAAUUCAUUGUAAUAUAUUAGUAUAAUAUUUAUCUAAAAUUUGAGAUAGUUAUAAAAUGUACCUCAAAUAAGGCUAAGAUUUUCAUUAAUCAACAUGUUUAAUGAUACUAAUCAAGAUUGGAUUAAAAAUGAUAAUAUUUAGAAAUUGGAUGAUCGAAUAAAAGUGUUGUUAUUUAUAAAUCAAUAUAACAAACAGUAAUUACUUAUACAUAACUUGAUAAUAACAUAAUGAGGAUGGUUUUUAGAUAAGCAACUAAAUUUGUUUGGGUUCUAUCAUUUAUUCAUAAUGUAUAGAAUAAGAAAAUUUUUAUAGUUGAAAAUAGAGUAUAGAUUGGCAAUUAAAGUAUUUUAGAAUUUCACAUUUAAAAAAGAACAAUUGAUGAAUGUAAUUCAAUUUAUCAGAUAACAGAACAUCAUCUCAGAUUGAUUAGUAAAUGGUAUAUAAUUAAAUUUAUAUUUGUAUCUCAUAAUAUAGGGAGAUAUCAAACUUAAAAAAAUAAUGUUAGAAAAUACUAAAUGUAAUUGAAUUAAUUCAAUUGAUAUUGCCAUAGUAGUAGAUUUACAUGAUUAAAAUAUCUGAGCAUCAAGGUAUCAAUUAAAUAAAAUAUAGAUAAGCAAAUAUCUACUCCUAAAUUGGAUAUUCACUUUCUAUGGAUAGUAUUAUUUUCAAUUAAAAUAAUGAGGUCUAAGCUGAAUGA